AUGGCAUGGGUGAAGAAGUUGAAGAAACCCACCGGAGGUCUGAAGAAGUCCUACCAGCCAGGCAGCAUGAUGUCCCUGGCGCUCACUAAAGGUCUGCUGAACGAGCCCGGGCAGAACAGCUGCUUUCUGAACAGCGCCGUUCAGGUGCUCUGGCAGCUGGACAUCUUCAGGAGAAGUCUGAGGCAGCUCUCAGGUCACUUUUGUCUCGAUGACGCCUGCAUUUUCUGCGCCUUGAAGAGCAUUUUCAGCCAGUUUCAGCAGAGCAGAGAGCGCGUCCUCCCCUCGGACAGCCUGAGAAACGCCCUCGCUGAGACCUUUAAGAACGAGCAGCGCUUCCAGCUGGGCCUGAUGGACGACGCCGCCGAGUGCUUUGAGAACAUCCUGGAGCGAAUCCAUUUACACAUUGCUUCGGACACGGCGACUGAUGCCUGCUCGUCCAAAUCCUGCAUCACCCAUCAGAAGUUUGCUUCGAUGCUUUACGAGCAGUUCGUGUGUCGUUGUUGUGGAGCGUCUUCAGAUCCCCACCCAUUCACAGAGCUGGUUCAUUAUGUCUCCACAACCUCCUUAUGCCAACAGGUGGAUCGGAUGCUGGGGAGGAGCGAGCGGCUCCGGUCCGACAUGUUUGGAGAGCUGCUGCAGGCGGCAAACAGCACGGGCGACCUCCGCAGCUGUCCCAGCGACUGCGGUCAGAGUAUCAAGAUCCGCCGCGUUCUGCUGAACUGUCCGGAGAUCGUCACCAUUGGCUUCGUUUGGGACGCCGAGCAGUCGGAUCUGAUGGACGACGUCAUCCGGUCCAUUGGCCCGCGUUUAAACUUGUGUGGGCUUUUUAACCGAGUGACAGAUGAAAAUGCCAAACGAAGUGAGCUGCAUCUGGUGGGAAUGAUCUGUUUCUCCAGUAAACAUUACUCAGCCUUCGCCUACCACACCAAAUCUUCCAAAUGGAUGUUUUUUGAUGACGCCACCGUGAAGGAGAUUGGAUCCAAAUGGAAGGACGUCGCCUCAAAAUGCACCAGGGGACAUUUCCAGCCGCUUCUUUUAUUUUACACCAAUCCUGAGGGGAGUCCGGUGUCCAAUGAGGAUGCACCGAGACAAACCACCAUGUGUCCUCGCUACAAGGCCCAUGUAAACGGCGACAUGACCAUGAAACGUCCCCUUGGCGGUCCCAAGAACUUCCAGGAACCUUUCAUGGAGACUUCACAGCGACCAGGUGAAACAUCCAAGAAGGACCGGGGGCAUCGAAAACCUGAGCCAUCGCAACACAAAGACACGACACAUCCAAGAUCUUCAUCUCCACCAGAGAAUGGGCCGAGGCCUCCUGUAGAAAAACAAAAAAGUUUUUCUCAUUCUGACAAGUCAUCAAACUGUUCAAGCCGAGGACCUCAGGAGCCACUGAGUGGAGGACAUUACCAGAGGAUCAACACUUUCCCAGGUCGCUAUGAUCCAGAGUGCUCCCACAAACAAUGGGAAAGAGGAGGCCAAAGUAAGUCCAAGUCAACUUGGAGACCCAUUCGGGAAGUACUGAAUGUGGACACGGUCCUGAACGAACUGGAGCAGCGGCGUCAGCAGCAACAAGAGAGCACACAAUGCAGCAAGUCCUCGCCCAAGGAGAGAGUGCGCACCGAACAUGACAGAGACCGCGAGCGGGAGCACGGUCGGACCAGAGAGAGCCGCAAACAGAAGUGCUUGAUGACGAUUUACGAGGACGAGCAGCGCCACGAGACCGAGAGUCACAGCUCUGUCGAGUCCGAGAGCAGAACCGGCCAGCAGAGAUGCAGCAAACUCAAAGGUUGUCCCAAGACUCUGCUGCGCAGUGAUACCUGGACCAUUCAGAGAACUGAAUCUGGCUACGAGAGCAGUGAUCGGCUCAGCAGUGGCUCCACCAAUCCUGACUCACCUGGGGUCGAUGGCUCAGGUAUUAAACCAGACCUGAAGCUAACAUCUGAGCUACAACUGCAAAGCCAGCUGCAUCAAAGAGGAGGAAACACAAAAUCAACUUUAAUGGCCACAGUCUGUCACAGCGGUAAACAUCAGAUAAAACCUCAGGGAAACCAAGACCAAGUUUCACUUUCACAUUUAAAGUUCAGUCCAAGUUCAAGACGGAAGUCAAAGUAUUCUUCAAGCACCUCGAGAAAGGCGACGUCAUCAGAGACAAACUCCAGCAGUUCAGACCUCCAGCAGAGCGAGCACCAGGAGCUGCUGAGCUGCCGAGGGCCUGGUGGUGAAGGCCCGACCCCGAGGCGGAUCACCAAAACCAGUAGUUCUGAGUGGAACAGCUCCGAGGACCUCAUUCUGUCUGAGUCUGAAGACAGAGAAAGCACUUACCUCUCCAGUAACAGUGAGGCUGUGGCCUCUGACUCCCAGGACCCCCCCACAGACCUGCUGUACAACCACCCCUCCAAUGUGACAUCAGAGCCCGUCCAACCGUCCAACCAGCACCAGCUCGGAUCGACCGGGUCGCCUCACCUUCGACCGAGCCCGCAGAUCUCUCCCGGUGAAGCAAGUCACGCUUUGUUUCGUCCCAGGAUGCUUCAGGAACACUUUUUAUCAAGCCCCCGCCUCUCGUCAGCGUCCCACGUCAGUCCUCACCGCAGGCCUGACAUUGCAGGCCUCAGGACAUUCUCAGAUGCCAGCUCCAAGUCGGGUUCUGACCCCGAGAGGAGUACCCAGUCAUCAUGUGACAGUGAGGAGCGACUGACAGGGUACCGAGGGGAAGAGGCAGCUCCAACUCCGGAGGUUUCUCUGACAACAUACUUUAAUGUGGACAACUGUAUGACGGAAACGUACCGCCUCAAGUACCACAACCAGAGGCCCCUGGUCCUCUCUGCCAUGGCGCCACGGGCCGAGAGCAGUCACACGCUCUCCAGUGAUGCACACUCACAAGACGUGCCAAAAGCCAGACCUGAAACAAGCCAUACUAGCAAUAAAGCCACUGCAAAAUGGAAGCCGGUGAUGGCCAAAGGUCUGGACGAACGAGGUUUUUUAUAAGUUUAAAGCGACGGACCGCAUACCUGAAUGCCAAAGAGUUUACCG